CUCUAGAACCGGAUAGUUCAUGACCGUGGCGUGCACUGUUUGUGUUGUCCAACUGCGCCGAUAAAGCUAUUUAUUGUUACAUCUCUCAUUCUCAUUAAUUAAUCAGUAUUGAACAAAGACUACCAUUAUUGAACUUAAUACAGCAUAAGCCAGUCGCAGUUGGUCUAGUUAAACAUUAAAAUGUUUGAAGAAAGACGUGAACUUCGUAUUGUCACUUAUAUGUGCCCGUCGCACCCGGUGCAGCUUUACGAGGUAAUCCUGGAGUUGCUGGAACAGAGCCUGGAGUGCUACACGACGCUGCAGUACGAGAGCCGAGCGCCCGGCCCCUUCCCGGACAGACCCAACCCGUUCUCCACUAAUAAAAUUGAUUUAGCGUUCAUGACAGCAGAGGCAUACAUGAGACUCCGGGAGCAUGAUACAUUGAAUAAAUCGGUGGAACUGCUGCCAGUGACCCCCGUGUUCGCGCAUCAAAUGAACGUGGAAAACAAGCCGGGAUACUUUUCAGAUAUUAUUAUUCACGCAGACAAAAAAGCUCACAACGUAAACAGUCUGUUGGACCUGCGCGGAUGUGCGUUCGCUUACAACAGAGAGGAGUCGCUGAGUGGGAGCAAAAUUGUAUUGAAAACUUUACAAGAAAAGGGGGAGAAUGCUUCCUUUUUUGGAUCACUUUUAAGAUCUGGAUCUCAUUUGGCUUCAGCUCAAAUGGUGUUAUCAAAGCAGGCUGAAUGGGCAGCAGUCGACUCCACAACUCUUCUAUAUUCUAAGAAAUUCAUGCAAGAUAGAGGCAAAGAUAUCAUAAUAUUGGAGACUUUAGGGAGACUGCCUCCAUACCCAAUUGUAGUCAAUUCUCAGUUGCCAGAUACAUUAAAAAGGGCCAUAACCAAGGCUUUACUAAAUUUACCACACAGUGCAGAGUGGAAGAACAAGUUUGCAAAGUUUGGAGUGAUCAAGUUUGUAGAGAACAGUGAUGGCGCCUACCAUGGGGCGGCUGCACAGGUGCGGGCCAUCCCAAGUGAAAAACUCAACGUACGGUAUUAUUAGACUCCUGCUGACUGUGUCUCUGAUAUACGUAUUGUAUAUACUCUAUGUAGAUUAUACACCAAGACCGCUAUAAUCCGAAGGUAAUUUAUUUAUAUGAUAACUAAUUAUUUAAAGAAAUAAGUUUUUUUACUCAUACAAAACAGAUAUGAUUAAAUAUUAUAUUCUGUU